AAUCAUGUCAGAUGAAGGAGUAACAUAUCUAGUCACCACUAACAAGAGACAAUCACUACAACAGAUAUUAUCGAGUCUUCCAGAAAAGAUUGAUAUAACUUAUAUUAAUUCGACCACACCUGAAAUUCUUCUUAAUCCAUAUCCACUAACCAAGUACAACAUAAAUUAUGAACGGUUCACCACGCUACAGCAAUUGGUUAAAUAUUUUCCUGGCGUAAAAGAACAUGUGGUGAUUAUAGAAGACAUACUGAAGUUAAUUGAUGAACGUAAUGCCAGUCAGACAAACUACUUACUUGUUCAAUUGAUUAAACAGUUAUAUACCCAUGCAAGUUUUCUUUUAGAUCUGAAAAGAAUCGAGUUUAUUAGUUUGAUGGCGGAUAAGAUAAGUUAGAAUAGGUAGUGUUGACAUUCAAACUUUCGUAUUCUUCGUUGUGCCAAGACAAUAAGGAACUAGAAAAUUCGUUCAAUUAUCCACCGCACAACUAAGCUAUCCACCCGGUACAUUCAAAGCAGUGAGAUUGAUAUAAACAAAAAAUAAGGCUCUAGUGAUAAAAUAGAAGGAAAGAUAUAUUCUAGUAUAUCUAGAAUCGUUGUUUGCAGCAUGUUGGAAUCCUUAAACUUUAUCGUUUUGUCAGUAGCUCGAGUAAAAUGCUUCGUUCGAGCUUCCUCAAUCUGAAUGGAUUCACGGUUUACAGUUUACAAUUUACAUUUGAUAAUUUGAAAAUUGUCACCAGACCUGUUGUAGUUUCGUCAAAACCUCUUUUUAACAAUCACUGAGAUCGCACCAUAAAUAUCUUUCGCUUGCAGCAAGAUUUAUUUUUUGUUGACAUGUUGGAUCCAAACGAACAUGCGGCGAUUAUACAGAUCAAAUCAUACAUUUGUAAAAUCAAAACUUGUGUACAUCAAGGUGCGUUCGGAAGAAUUGAAUUUGUGAUCUUG